GGUGAUGCUGAUGCUGCUGGUCCAGGCACCGCGCUCAGAGAACUCCUGUACUAGGACAAGCGGGAAGAGCGAGUCCUCCUUCUGGAACUGAACCAGGCAGUGUGAAGAUCCAUGUGGAGCUCCUUACCCGCAGCCUCUCUGACCCUCCCGCUGGCAAAGACCCACAGGCCAUGAGGACUGGUCAAAGACAGAACAAAGGUAUGAGGACUCGACUGGGAUGCCUGUCUCACAAGUCCGACUCCUGUAGUGAUUUCACCGCUAUUCUUCCCGACAAACCCAACCGUGCUCUAAAGAGACUAUCCACAGAAGAAGCUACGAGGUGGGCAGAUUCCUUUGAUGUGCUUCUCUCCCAUAAGUAUGGGGUGGCUGCCUUCCGCGCCUUCUUGAAGACGGAGUUCAGCGAGGAGAACCUGGAGUUCUGGCUGGCCUGUGAGGAGUUCAAGAAGACCAGAUCAACUGCAAAGCUGGUCUCCAAGGCCCAUAGGAUCUUUGAGGAGUUUGUGGAUGUGCAGGCUCCGAGGGAGGUAAACAUAGACUUCCAGACCCGAGAAGCCACAAGGAAGAACAUGCAAGAGCCGUCCCUGACGUGCUUUGACCAAGCCCAGGGAAAAGUACACAGUCUCAUGGAGAAAGACUCUUACCCCCGGUUCCUGAGGUCUAAAAUGUACUUAGAUUUGCUGUCCCAGAGCCAGAGGAGGCUGAGUUAGACCUCAGAUGGGGACUCUUGGAGAUUCACCGGCUUUCCCCUCCCCUUGCUGCCAAGACCAUAUUCUAAUGUGAAAUGUCAUAGGUAUUCAAAAGCAGUGGCAUUGCGGUUGGGAGGCUGGGAGUGAGGAAGGGAUGAAGGGCCAUUCCAGAGUAUGAUUCAGCCACCAGAGCUCGGACUCUAUUCCAUUUACCCACGUUUGUGUCUUGGUUAGUGGUAGCACCUUGUCACCGUCACCCUUCUCUGGGUCGGCAGCUUGCCCUCCAUCCCGCCUUGGGUCACUGCCCCUGAGAAGGCACAUUUGCUCUGCUGGGCUACUCUGUAAAUAAUGCAAAUGCAGUUUCCACCACGUCCACACCCUCCUCAGUUAGGAUUCCCGACUCUCUAACGUGUCCGGUCGCCCUGUGAGAAAGAGCUAGAAGACGCCGGCCCCCUCUUGUGAUUUGCUGUCACAGUGGAACGGCCCGUCCUGGGUGCUGGGCCUCACAGUUUAGGAGAGAGGUCUCGGUGGAAUCCAGGUUGUUAGCAUUGUUGCUGACAGGUGGCCUCUGAGAGAAGGGGCACGCUCCAUGGAGUUGGCUGUUUCUUCCAUUUCCGUAGGACGAGUGUGUAAAGCUGGGCUCCCUGCCCGUCUCAGCCUAGGAAAUUCACAAGACUCCCAUCCUCUUGCAUCUCCAGAAAGCAUCUUGCGAGACAUCCCUCAGUGACUUCUGAUGUGGAGCUGCUGUUAAGAAAGAUUCAGCUUGCAAAUCUUCCUCCGUUCUACCAAGAAGUUUUCAAGAAGUUGAAUGAGCCGGGGAUGUAGCCCCAGUGGACUUUUGUGCAGUGGGGCACCGUGUAACCUCUCUCUUGCUUAAUGCCCUCACCCCCCUGUGGCAUCAUGCUUCACUGAUCUCUUAGACUAAUGGACAGCUUGGUAACGGCAGGUGAAUUCCCGCAGCACGGACAGCUCUCACGGUGCCUAGUACUUUCCCUGUCUCUCCCUCUUCCCCCUUCCAUGCAGGUCAUGUAAUUAUGAUGGGGGAGAAUGGGGACUUAGGCCGUACCUCUCUUUCCUGCUUGCUUCCUGGGAGCAUGCUUUCUAGGAAAGGUCCCUCGCUCGAGGGCCGUCUUGGCCAAUCAGCAGCUUCCGUCUUGAUCGCUGACUCUGGGGAACUGAACUUGGAACAGGAGGUGAGGCUAAGAAGAUCACUGUGAACCUCUGGGUGUGGAGAACCUUCCUAAAAUGGCUUCAUGGUGCCCUGGUGCCGCUCUUAGAAAUACGCCGGGAAAAUCUCCUUUGGAGGAUGAGCGAGAUGCAGGAAACCUAUUGCAGCUGCCCAGGCAAAAGCUCGCUUUGGCCCAAGACUGCAGUGCUGAGAAGAUGAAACCUCAGCAGAGGGGCCAGAAAGCAGAAGAGGAGGCUGGACUCCAGGUGGACUGAAUCACGGAGAACGUGCUGGAGGUACUAUUGGCGUGAUUCACAGCCGCUGGAUUUGGAUUCACGGCAGAGCUCGCAAACCUUCAGCUUGACUAAAGGAAUGAGCACCAGCUGAGGCAUCCGUGCUGGAGGGCAGGGAACUGAGACCUGGCCUGAAUCCUUUCCUUCUGUUGAGUGGGGGUUGGGGCCCUUUUCGAUAUACCAGAGUUCCAGUGUGUGCAUCCUGAUCCAGUAACUUCCUGAAUCUCUUCCUUCCUUGGCCACCGCUAGACAAGGCCAAGAAGGCUCUUGAGUCCCACUGGCUGUUAGGGUCCCCCGCCCUGCCGUAUAUCUGUGAGUAUCUGCGAGCGAGGGUUGGUGGGUCUGCACGAACCAUCGAGAAGUGAGAACACAGGCCUCCUGAAGGGACCUGUGGAACGCCACAUUCGAGAGCUCCGCAGCCUCAUUCGGGUGUUCCUGGUUAGAUCAGGUAGGAGUCCCCUGUCCCCACGGGUGAAAAUCCAUCCUUAGCUUAAGCUGCCAGAAUUAAUUUAAUGAUCAGAGUCUCAAACAGGGUAUUUUAAACGUUGUUUACACACGAAACGUGCAUCUGCUGCCAACUCUGCUGUCGAACACGAGGUGCAUAUCCAUUGGAACAGUCCAGAGUUAGGGAAACACGAAACAUUCUAAGAGCAGCCUUGUCGCCCCUGCCACUGCCCCAGGAGAAGAGUCUGAACAGGAGCGUUGGGUGGUGGCCUCAUUUGAGGCCCGAGUUCUUGCCAACUGCAGUGGCUCGAAGGCUGCAGAGGGCGGUGUCACGGCGCCUGGUAACUCCCUCCCUCGGUGGGGGCACAUGAAGGACCAGGCUUGGGAGCCCGAAAUUUGCCGCUAAGUGAUGGUAAGUGGGGGGAACGUAACGUGUGUAGAAGAACCCGAAAGCUAUGUUUGUGGUACUUGUAUGUGUGUGUGUCUGUGUGUGUGUGUGUGUGUGACAAUUACGAGCACUAGACUGGUGUGAUCUUCCCAUGGGUGGAGCUUUCCUCACACCCUUUAUGUCCUGCUUCCCACAAAAGGCACAGAGCUCUCCACUCUGAUGCUCCUUUAGGCACUUUGGUCAUAUGCCAGCCCCAAUUUUGGUCUGUGAUGAAACAAGGAGAAAUGUUUACAACAUCUAGAGCAAUAGCCACGCAUACCUCAUCCCUGACCUCCGCCUCUCCCAGGCCUGCCCUCUCCCCCGCCCCCUCUCCGCAAUUCCUGCUCUGCCGCGUUAGGGGGGCACCCCCAGGGGCUGCUUCUCCCCGUUGGCGUCUUCCUUGGCUCCUCACCCCGGGCUCGUGCUGUGCACUGCCUUCUGGGCUGGAGGCUUGCCUUGAGCCUGGGCCUUUGAAGGCCCACAGCAAGUCUGGGCCCUCGGCCGGGCAGAGCUGUGACUUUUAGGACUGCUCUCCAUCCCAGAGUGGCCGUUGGGGCCCGUGGGAAUGUUAACCCGUGUGGGGCUGGUGUGGGUUUUCUGUUGCUCUCGGCGAACCAACUAGAACACAGCGACGACCCUUCACAGCCAUGGCACCUCUGGGGUGAGGAAGGGUCCCUGAGCAGCGUAUGUUAUUCAACUCGAUUCACUGGGUUCACCCAGAAAGCCUGUUACAAGUGCUAAUUCCCAGAGAUGCUGAUCCAGUAGAUCUGGGGUGUGACCCAGAUGUCUGCAUUUUCAGAUGCGUUCCCAGGUGCCUAGUGGCCUGUGGACCAUCCUUUGAAUAAAAGAUGGUUGAAGACAGUGCUCCGAGAUGGAGGCUCUCACCCUCGGCUGUUCAUUGGAAUAACCUGGGGAGUUUAAAAACCCCAAAUGCCCAGGUCCCACCACAGAACAGCUUGGGAUUGGAGUGCAAGGCACGUUGGGGUGAUUCUAAUGUGCAGGUGAGGUUGGGAAGCCCGAGGAGUGAGGAGGAACCCAGCCGAGGGUGAACAGAGCGGUGCGGGCCAAGAGGGCUGGAACACUCCCAGACAGCAGCAUGCAUAAUAACCCAGAAUCCACCAGCCCAGAAUUGGACCCUUGGGUGGCUGCCUCUGGGGCCUCUCUGAUGGGCUCCUUGGAGAGAAACUGUUUCUGCCCCAGCUCCAGGCAUGGUCAGGCAGCAGCUAUGCCAAUGGUGAGAACUGAAGGGGUACUUGGGGUUUUCUGUUCCUCCCAAGUCUUGCUCACAGCGCCUCCUCCAAGCUGGCCUCCUGGGCUGCACCUGUUUGUUUGUUUUUAUGCGCUCUUGUGUUUGGUCAUUUCUGCUCAGGCUGGGCCUCUGGACCCAAGGCCCCAUGAUACGGUGAUUAGAGUCAGGUAGUGAGUAAAGAGUGUGUGGCCGUAAUAACUUCCAAAUGAGUAUUGUAAUUGGUAUCACCCUUGGAAUAUCAAGCUCUUUGAGGCUUUCUUUUCCGAGGCCGCCAUAGGGUUUUGGUUUCUGCUCUAAGCCCUCACCAUUCCCUCUUUGGUCUCGGGCCGGACAGGCAUCUGGAAAGUUCCUGGCUGGUUUUUCUCUCUGGUGCUCUCCCCAGAACGUGCCGCGCUGGAUUAACCAAAGCUGUGAGACGGCUCUCUGCCCAGGCUGCGGGGCCCGGCCUCUGGGUGCAGGCCUCGGGUGCCUGUCCUCGGCAGGGCCGGGCAACUGGACACCCCAGGUCCUGGACUGUGAGGGAAAGGCAAGAACUCAUUGUGCUAAGAGCCGGGGGAGGCUGGGAAUGGGGAAGACUGAAGAGGAAGAAUUGGGGUGGGGGGUGAAGACACGCAGCUCCUGUGGCAUCUCCAUAACCCCGGGGGAGAGGGGAUGAGCGGCACAGUCAGAGGCAGGAUGCUCUCCCAUCCCAAAGGGCACCCAGCACUCUCCUGACCCUGUCUGUGCCCACCUCCAAACAAGGCUGAGGAAUUUAGGACUUUCCAUCCGAGGCUGUCCUUCCAUCUGCCAAGUAUCAGCCCUCUUUAAAUCUGCAGCCUCCGUUUUAGAAGCAAGAGAGGUGGCCAAGUCCCCCCUGGCAGUGAAGAGCCUGGGCCACUUGGCAUGGGAUCACGAAGGAGGAAGCCAAGACCAGCGAUGUCUUCCUGUCCCUGUGACCUCUUGGGAUUCACGAGAGGCUGGGGCCAAGCGGAGAGACGGGGGAUGGGGCCACUGGCCUUCGCAGGUGUGCGGUCCAGGUCCUCUCCAUAACCCACACCCUUUGUGAGUCUUACUCCUUUCUGCCCCUCUGCUCCUCGCCCUCUGCCAGGUCCUGCAAAGGUGGCCAGGCUGGUAUGUGCUCCAGCCUUAGCUGAGUCGCGCCGCACACACGACAGUUUUGUAGCAGCUCAUCUGCCACAGAAACGGCUUGGCUGAUGGAGCCUCACUGAGUUGUUUCAUUACCGUGCAAAGUGGAAUAAUGCCACUCACCCCUACUAUAAACAAGGCUGUGGAGAGCAUAAUAAACAGAGCCUGAACACGCUG